AUGCCGGAAAGGGUGCAUACGGUCUUCGAUGGCUCGGACGAAGCGUCUGUCGCUAAGAAAGAGAAAAGGCCCCCGAACCAGGAGUCUGGUUCUACGAAAAGGAAAUCCGCAAAUAACAGGGAACCAAAGAAGAAACAUAAGAGCGAAAAGCACAAACCUGAAGAAUCGACACAUGUUCCACGCCAACCGCUGCCCGCCUCGGACGAAGACCAUGCACCAUCUUCGCAAACCUUCGACGAGAAGGGAGAAUCUUCGAUUCGCAUCGAUGGGGAGGGUGGGAAAUUGAAAAAUGAAAAUUUGAAGCAGAAGUCGAAGCAGAAGCCGCUCAAGGACACUAAGCAGAAUUUCAACUCGUUGAAGAAUAAGGCCAAGGCACUUUAUGAACUGCGGAAGAACCUCCCCAUCUUUCCCCAUGGGAACGAGAUCCGGCAAUAUCUGCGCAAGAAUGAUGUGAUGCUUUUGAUUGGUGAAACUGGUAGCGGGAAAAGUACGCAGAUUCCACAGUUCCUGGUCGAUGAGCAAUGGUGUCGGCCGACAAAGACGACUGUCUCCAAGGACGACGGUUCGCUGAAAGAGGUGGACGUCGGAGGAUGUAUCGCCAUCACUCAGCCGAGGCGUGUUGCGGCUAUCUCACUGGCAAGACGUGUAGCGGAAGAGAUGGGAACUCCCCUUGGAUCUUCGUCCCCUGCAAGCAAAGUCGGCUAUUCGGUGCGGUUCGAUACGUCUACGUCUCCCAGUAUGCGAAUUAAGUUCCUUACGGAGGGAAUGCUGCUGCAGGAGAUGUUGCACGACCCAUGGCUGACGAAAUACAGCGCCAUAGUUGUUGAUGAAGUACACGAACGCGGCGUUAAUGUUGAUUUGUUGCUAGGGUUUCUUAGAAAUAUGGUCACCGGGAAACGGGAGGGAAGAGGUAGCGUGCCGCUCAAGGUUGUGGUGAUGAGUGCCACAGUCGAUAUGGAAAGCCUGCUUGGUUUUUUCAACGAGGGGUACGAGGCUCAACGCUCGAAUGGCGAAAAUCAAGACAGCACGACACAGGAGGGUGCUUCGCUAUCGAAUAGCACCUCCGAAAAGCGAGCCAAUGAUGAUAUUGCUGUCUGCCAUAUCAAAGGCCGUCAGUUCCCGGUGAAGACGAUCUUCUCCUCAGAACCGGUGCACGACUUUGUCGAUGCGGCUCUCAAGGUCAUUUUCCAGAUUCAUUACAAGGAACCCAUGCCGGGUGACAUUCUGGUUUUCCUGACUGGACAGGAGACAGUCGAGGCGCUGGAACACCUGGUGAAUGAGUAUGCUGUUGGUAUGGAUCCCGCCCUGCCCAAGGUGCUGGUUCUUCCUCUUUUUGCCGCUCUUCCUCAGGCGGCUCAGCAGCGAGUGUUCAUGCCGGCGCCCCCUCGGACUCGUAAAAUCAUUCUGGCCACCAACAUUGCUGAAACAUCCGUUACUGUGUCCGGGGUGCGAUUUGUGGUCGACUGCGGGAAAGCCAAGAUCAAGCAUUUCCGUACUCGUCUCGGGUUGGAUUCGUUGUUGGUCAAGCCCAUCUCCAAGUCGGCGGCCAUCCAGCGUAAAGGUCGUGCCGGACGAGAGGCCCCCGGGCAGUGUUACCGACUCUACACCGAAAAGGACUACCUUUCUCUCGAUGAAGUCAAUACGCCGGAGAUCCUGCGAUGUGAUCUGAGCCAAGCCCUGCUUAACAUGAAGGCUCGCGGUGUCGACAACGUUAUGGGCUUCCCAUUCCUCACGAGACCCCCGCGAGAGGCUUUGGAAAAGGCGCUGCUGCAGUUAUUAAGUAUUGACGCUUUGGACGACUCUGGCAAAAUCAGCCCAGUUGGGGCACACAUCGCCAAGCUGCCUCUAACGCCGACAUUGGGUCGCGUCCUUCUUGCGGCGUCCGAGCAUGGCGCCGACACUCUGUUGGACGUGAUCGAUAUCAUCUCCUGUCUCAGUGUGGAGAACAUCUUCCUGAACACGAUAUCCGAAGAAAAGAAAGAAGAGGCUGAAAAAGCCCGACGCGAUCUCUAUCGAAGAGAAGGCGAUCAUCUCACCAUGCUUGCCACGGUGCGAGCGUACGCGGCCGAAAACACGGACCGAAAGGCAUGGGCCGAGAGACACAUGGUGUCGCAUCGGGCCAUGCAGUCUGUAAUGGAUGUACGAAAACAACUCACCACCCAAUGCCGACAGGCGAAACUUCUCCCGGCACCCAGCGAUUCCCGGGGAGGCAGUAAUAAUUCUAUUAUCCGCGAGCCGUCGCCCGUCGCCAUCUUAAAGAGCUUCCUCCGUGGGUUUGCGACCAACACCGCACGGUUGGUCCCGGAUGGCAGCUUUCGGACGGUAGCAGGCAAUCAAACCGUGGCAAUCCACCCAUCGAGCGUACUCUUUGGCAAGAAGGUCGAGGCAAUCUUAUACAACGAGUUCGUGUUUACCAAUCGCAGCUACGCGAGAGGAGUAAGCGCGGUGCAGAUGGACUGGAUUGGAGAAGCAUUGACCGGACAGUGA